AUGGGAAAUAUCUUACCAAACAACUAGAACUUAAGCGAAAAUUGUCAACAGCAAUUUUACUAGAAUCAAGUUUAAUUAAUGAAUUGUUAGAAUUAGAUCACAAAUCAAUCUGCUCACUAAGUUAUUUACCUCCAGAACAACAUAAAUAGAGUAACUCCUUAAAUUGCUAGACCCCAACCCAUUAAUUAACAAACCUAGCAGCAAUCCUUACUAUAAAAUUAAAAUGUAUAUGGACAAUCGCUUCAAUACCAAAGUCCAUUAAAUAUUGCAGGAGGGAUGAGACUGAACAGUCAAUAAUCUAAUCAAGUAACGUAGGAGAGAUAAAUCAACUUUUUAAACAACUUCCAUAAUUCUGCUUUUACAUUCCACAACAAACCAUAAGAAUCGUCACUGUCUCAUCAAUAUAUGCAGUCUCAAAUUAAUGCUCUCUAACUACCCUCUUACUAGCAAUAUAACUGCGCCUUUGCAGAUCAAACUCUGAAAAGCUAAUCGCAGUCGUAUCACAUUUCAUAGUAAAAAGAAUGCUAAUAAAUUCCAACCUUAUAAAAUUACUCAAUACGCAAGUAAACUGAUCCCUUGAGUCUCGACCCUCAAGAGAUCCUAUAACAACAAAUAUUUAAAUAGUAGAUAAGCCAGUAUAGGCAAACUGUAACUGAGCAAACUAUGAUUUAGCAUUAAAACCUAGAAAAUUAUGGGGGUCAUCUCAAUUAAUUGAGCGAGGACUUUAAAUUAAAUGAUGAUAAUACUCUCGGUUAAGACUCCAACAUGAUUGAGUAACUUUUAGAACAGAAGAAAAUGGAAUUGGCAAAGUAGCUCAUGGACCUCCCUGAUUCUGAUUAAAUUGUUCUCUGGAGCAAGAAUAAGAUACAAUAUGCAAAGAGCAAAAGAGGAUCAAGAUUCAGAGGAGUUAGUAAGAACGGCAAAAAAUGGUAAGUACAAUUGCUUGGCAAUAUGAGAAAAAGAUAUAUUGGCUCCAUUAGUAGCGAAGACUAAGCUGCCAAAAUAUACGAUCAUUAUGCUAUAAUAACUCAUGGCUUAAGAGCUAAGACCAAUUUCCAUUACGACAAGAGAUAAAUUUAAGACAUAAUGGAGAGAUUCAGAGAGAGUGAUUUUUUAAACCCAGGAGCCAAUAUUCUGAGACAAACUCCAUAUUGCCCAAACUGA